AUGAUGAACUUUACGCUGGAUCUAUCAGGAUUUGGUGCGACAGAUUCCCAAUCUACUGCUACUGGUGAUAACACGAGUCGGGCCCGCGAUGUCGAAGAAGAGUCAAAGUCGGAGGAACUUCCAUCGUCUGAGACACAGGCGUCAACUGGUGACUCCGCUACGGGAGAGCUGUCGGCUGCUUUACUUGACCAACCCGAAGAGCCGCAGUAUCGAUGCCCUGAAGGCAUGGAUGCUGAGGUGUUUGCUUCAUUGCCGCCAGAUAUGCAAGCGGAGAUUGUGGCUCAGAAUGCUCCUGCAGUUGCUGAAUCCACAAGUGCGCGCAGUGAUACAGCUACAGCAGGAGGCGGUGGUGGUUCGGAGAGUAUGUCACAGAUGGAUCUGGACAUGGCCAACUCAAGUUUUGAUCGUGAAACGCUAGAGGCGUUGCCUCCGGAUAUCCGAGCCGAAGUGUUGGAGAACGAGAGACGCGAGCGCGAGGCAGCGGCUCGUGCGGAGACUGCGGAUACGUCACGCGCUCAAGAGAUGGAUAAUGCCUCGUUUGUGGCUUCAUUGGCACCAGAAUUGCGCGAGGAAAUUCUGGUUACUUGUGAUGAUGCGUUUCUGCAGACGUUGCCGUCUCAGGUUCGUGCGGAAGCGAUGGUGCUGCGUGAACGUGCGGCCUUCCGCACAACGUACCGUGAGCGCGAGCGUGGAACAGCAGACCGUGGCGGUGGUGGCGGCGAAGGCGACAUGGAUGAGCUGUUUAAUCGUCCUACCUUGCGACGCAUGCUGACUUCUCACAGCCCAGAACGAGGAGGCGGUCGUCGACGGUCUCGUAUGUACGAUGAACUAGGAGGAGGACGUCGUAGCAGUCGUCGUGAGUACCGCCAAGGAGCUGGCGGUUCCAAGGCUCACAAGGGCUUGUUGCGUGUCGAGAAGGACGAAGAAGAGGAAGCCGGUGAGCGAAUCUUUGACGAUCGGUGUGUGCGAGGUUUGCUCCGCCUACUGUUUAUGACCCAGUCGGUCAUUCAGAACCGAGUUUUCCAGCGACUACUUGCCAAUAUUUGCCUGUACCCGCUGACACGUUGUAGCGUUCGACGUAAUUUGCUGCAAGUUAUUUCGUUGCCGCUUUCCCAGCCCUUGAUUCCUGGAGAUGAAAAAGACGAUGACGAUGAUGGUAGUGGCAAGAUUCAGUUUCCCCCGAGCAGGAUGUAUGGAUGUGGUAUCGAUGGAAAUCAUGCCAUUGGACCAUCAGCUGUACCCGCUGACGUUGUGAACCGCAUGCUGCAUGUUCUUGUGUCGCUUGCCAAGUAUAACCCGCGGUUUACGGUGGAAAUGCUUCAGCCUCACGGCAUGCGUCAUGUAUCAAAUGGAGGGGAGAAUACUGCGAAAAUGGAGGCUCAGGAGUGCGGCGUGGCCGUUCUAAUCGACUUGCUGUCCCUCCCGGUGGUGUAUCGCAAUGGUACAAACUUGGAUGCGUUGCUGGAGUUACUGGAGCUGGUUUUGUCACCUCUGGAACGACUUCACAAGCCAGCUAAGGAGAAUGAGGAGAAGAAGGAAGGCGACGAAGGCGACGCGUCAACUCCAGAGCCUGGUGAUGAUUGGGUAGCAGUCCCAGCUGUAGAGCUAGAUGAGGCGCGUAUGGCUGAAAUUGUGUCGGUGUUGAGCAUGGAUCUGUGCACAGCUCAAAUGCAGGAGCGCACACUCGCGGUGUUGAAGCUACUGAACCACGUGAGCGGUAACCGCGAGCUUAUAAUUCGUGCGAUCGUACGGCAUGCGAGCACACUAGCUCACUCAUCAGCAGUACUGCCGUCUGCCCAGGAUGAACUUAAACUGCUUCGGCUACUACAUUCGCUGUCAGACGUCUGCGAAAGCACGACGGAGUUUGCCGAGUGCUGCCAAACCAUCGGGCUGGACCCGCUAUGGGAUGCCCUGAGUUUGUCACUGACUGAGGCACGUGCGAAGGGUGGUCUUGACGACCAGGAAAGCAGAGACGAUGCUGAGGGCAUGGUGAUUGAAGGCAAGAGUGCAGGCGCGUCAUGUGCGAUGGCGGCGCUGUUGGCUCGGUUCCUUCCCCUGGUGGAAGCUUUCUUUGUGGUCAACGCUCGAGAUGCGGCUUCGAUGUCGUUGCGCGUACCUGAUUCUAGCGAGCGCGAAGAAGCAGUCGUGGCAGCACUGCGUGCUGCUGGCUUUGAUGGCGCCGGUGCCACAGCGUUAAUGGAGAACGAGCAAAAAGUGUCACCGAAGAGUGUGCUCAAACGCAGUUCGUCGGCUCUAUCAUCAUUCUCCGAGGCAAGUGAGACCAUGAGACUCGCGAACUUCGUGGAGUCGAACCGUGUGCUGCUGAAUCUUCUCGUUCGCGAAAAAUCAGCGCUAUUGGAUACAUCUUUGGCUGCGUUGAUUAAGAUUUCUCGAUGUCGGGCUUAUCUAGCGUUCGAUAACAAGCGCACAUAUUUCCACAGCUCCAUGAAGCGUCUACGUCAAGCAGCGCUGCGGAAUCACGGAGGUGGUAGCUCUUCUGUCCGCAUUCCGGUACGUCGAGAGCACAUAUUUGAGGAUUCCUACUAUGCUUUACGGAUGCGCAGCGGCACUGAAUUGAGACGGAAGUUGCAUAUCUCGUUUACCGGAGAAGAAGGUAUUGACGCUGGUGGAGUGACACGAGAGUGGUAUAUGAUUCUGGCACGUGAGAUGUUCAACCCGAACUACGUGCUCUUCACGUCUGCUGCUGACUCGCCAACAUUCCAGCCGAAUCCUCUGUCCUAUGUGAACAAGGAUCACCUCAGCUACUUCGAGUUUGUCGGAAAGGUGUUGGGUAAGGCGGUUGCAGACGGGCAGCUUCUUGAUGCCCACUUCACGCGUUCGUUCUACAAGCACAUCCUACAGCUGCCGAUCUCGUAUCACGACAUGGAAGCCAUCGACCCGGAGUAUUAUCGCAAUCUCCACUCGAUCCUAGACAACUCGAUUGCGGAUCUGGGACUUGAGCUGACUUUCUCAGCGGAGCAGUCGAACUUUGGCAAAGUAGAGGUGGUUGACUUGAUCCCGAACGGCCGCAAUGUCGUCGUGACAGACGAGAACAAGAUGGAGUAUGUGAAACUCGUGACUCAUCAUCGCAUGGCUACAGGAAUUCGACAGCAGAUCGAUGCAUUCCUCAAGGGUUUCCAUCAACUGGUGCCUCCUGAAUUGAUUGCCAUCUUCAAUGAGAACGAGCUGGAGUUGUUGAUCUCUGGCAUGCCUGAGAUUGAUAUCGACGACCUGAAAGCCAACACGGAGUAUGCGAACUACAAGCCCACUGACUCAGUUAUCCGCUGGUUCUGGAACGUGCUGUACUCGUUCACUCACGAGGAACGAGCUCUCUUCCUGCAGUUUGUGACGGGUACGUCUAAAGUGCCUCUCGAGGGCUUCAAGGCGCUGGAGGGAAUGCGUGGCACGCAGAAGUUCAACAUCCACAAGGCUUUCGGCAACAACAGCUCGUUACCGUCCGCACAUACCUGGUAA